CCACCACACAUACCAUCCAGUAUACCAUUUCUUGGUUGCUCAAUAGAAUUCUCCAAAAAUCCUAUUCUCUUCUUGCAAAAUGCUCACAAGAAGUACGGGGAAGUAUUCAGUUUUACUAUGGUUGGCAGCACGUUUACGUACCUAGUUGGAUCAGAGGCCAGUUCACUCUUUUUUAAUUCCAAGAAUGAAGAUUUAAACGCUGAAGACGUAUAUUCACAACUCACUACCCCGGUAUUUGGGAAAGGCGUAGCUUACGACGUUCCACAUAAGGUGUUUCUUGAACAGAAAAAAAUGUUCAAGACUGGACUUACCAUUGCCAGAUUUCAAAAUUACGUACCUAUGAUCGAAGAAGAAACUCGUGAAUAUUUCAAACGAUGGGGAAAUGAAGGAGAAAAAGAUUUAUUUGUUGCUCUUUCGGAGUUAAUUAUUAUGACGGCUAGUCGCUGCUUGCAUGGCAAAGAAAUUAGGUCUUUACUGGAUGAGAGAAUUGCCCAACUCUAUGCUGAUUUAGAUGGCGGCUUCACGCAGUUAGCCUGGCUUUUACCAGGUUGGAUCCCCUUUCCGAGCUUCAUUAAACGCGAUAAUGCCAACAAAGAAAUGAAGAGAAUUUUCCGCUCGGUUAUUACAAAUAGGAUUAAGGAACAAAAAUAUGAAGAUGACAUGUUGAACACCUUGAUAGAAUCUAGUUACAGGAGCGGUCGCAAACUAACUGAAGACGAAAUUGCUGGUAUGCUUAUUGCAUUGUUAUUGGCUGGCCAACAUACAUCCUCAACAACAAGUUCAUGGCUAGGCUUUUUCAUUUCUAAAGAUAAAAAGUGGCAGGAUAGAUUGAUUGAGGAACAGCACGAAGUUUUUGGAGAUGACGACGAUUUGGAACCUUUAUCUUAUGAGAAGUUGAAAGAAUUAAAGCAUCUAGAUCGUACUCUCAAGGAGACUCUACGUCUUCGCCCACCCAUCAUGACAAUGAUGAGAAUGGCUAAAACACCGCAGAAAGUUAAAGGUUACACGAUACCAACUGGGCAUCAGAUAUGUGUAUCUCCAACCGUGAAUCAAAGAUUAUACUCGGUGUGGAAAGACGGUGAAACUUUCAAUCCUGAUCGAUUUGCUGAAGAAGGUCUUGAUAACAGUGAAAAAUUUUCAUAUGUACCUUUUGGAGCAGGUCGACAUAGAUGCAUUGGCGAAUUUUUCGCUUACGUCCAAAUAAAAACUAUCUGGUCGGUUUUAAUCCGAACUUACGAAUUAGAUUUGGUAGACAAUUACUUUCCAGAAGUGAAUUUUACGACCAUGAUUCAUACACCAAGUCGUCCUUUAAUUCGGUAUAAGAAGCGUAGUUCAUAA